AUGGAUAAAUAUUCGAUACCUGUGUCUCUGUCUGCUGAUGAGAAAAAAGUCAGCCAAAUUUUCAGUGACAUAGAAAAAUCCAGGCUUUCAUGCCCGCAAGUUUGUUCUUCCUUGAUCGCCGGAAAAGAAGCUAAUUUCAUUCAGUGCCCAAAAGCUGACGAUGAAAAUAAUCCCACUGCAUUAACCAGUUCGACUCAAAACUGUUCACAGUUCCUGAAGUAUCGCGGUUAUAUACUACGGAGUAUGACCAAAGAAGAAGAACAGUUUCCUGUGGCGUUCAGCAUCCUCGUCUACUGCUGUCCUCAUCAGGUAGAGGCACUUCUUCGUGCUAUCUACAGACCGCAGAAUUAUUACUGCAUCCAUAUCGAUUCGAAAAGUUCCGGAACGUUUAAGAAAUGCAUGCGUUCCUUGGCUGACUGUUUGCCGAACGUUUUCAUUGCCACAAAAAUGGAAAAGGUCAAGUGGGGUAACUUUGGGGUGGUUGCCGCUGAACUAUCGUGUCCUCUGUCGUCAAUAAACGCCGUCCCUUUUCUUUCCCGCUAUAAAAUUUGGUCUGAUGAUGUCAACGGGAUAUGCGGUGGAUAUUAUCGGCGUGGAGUUUGUGUUUUCGGCCCGGAUGACCUUCCUCGACUGGUCAAUAGGUUCGAACUAUUUGCUAACAAAUUCACCGGCAAUAAUCCAGAUAACGUCAUUACACGACGUUGUCUCGACGAAUGGCUUUUCAACCGAACAAGAAACGAAUAUCUCCGGCGCUACACAUUCGAUUUGCGACCGUAUCAUUCUUUACCACAAGUGUAUCCAUAA